UCUAAUGAUAUUCAAUGUGCCAAUGGAGAUGACACUGUUAGAGCUUUUGAUGAGACUGUUGAUGGUAAUGAGAAGAUGGAAGAUGAGGAUAAUGAGGCCUGUAUAUCUAAAGACCCAUGUGUGUCCUGUCUAGGUAUUCUUCAGGGGCAGUAUGAAGAGGAUUACCUACAAAAGAUCUAUGAAGUGGUGAAGGAGUCUGGAUUUGAAUACUCCGACUACAUGGCCUCAAUGACACUACCUCCAGCUACUCUCCUCAGACAGCAUUCACUGUUAGUGCUCCUAAGAGAAAAACUACCGAAGAUGUAUGAAGGCUGUGUAGAGGAUGACGUGCCUCCCAUAAAGGAGGUCUGGAAGUGGGGAAAUGGACCCUCGUUGGCACAUCUCUUACAAGUUCCUUUUAAAAAAGAUAGCCCAUUCCUGAUCAACAUGGAGUUUGAGAAUGAAAAAACAAACAACGAGUGCAAUUUUCUGCUUGAUCUCUAUCCUGAUGUCUUUAGGAAGAGGAAGCACAGCAAUACAGUUGCCAAGUAUGGUAAGGAUUUGUUUACAAGAGCCAAUGUUGCCUCAGCUAUCAAUGAUACAACAGACAAGCUGUUUAAGAAGCAGUACCAGUGCCCACCUAGGAAACUUAGUAAAGUUUGCAGUUGUAAACUGAGCUGUUCCCAUGAUGCACUCUUCUUGGCAGGGAGGUAUAAUAAGUACAGUCGUUCUUUGCCUCAGUCUCCAUGGAUGAUUAAUGGAGUGAGGAAAGGAGACUCAUCUGUACAGGAACUUAUUGCAAACCCCCUCAUGAAGCUUGUCAAGGCAGAUGAUUACACAUUGUCCGCCUCGGGGAGAGAGGAUGUUGAUGUACGUAUGUUAGGAACAGGUAGGCCGUUUCUGCUGGAAUUUGUGAACCCCAAAAUUGUGAACCUCACAGAUGAAAAAUUAGCAGAAAUGACCAAGCUUAUUAAUGAGUCUACUACAGAUAUAGCAAUACGAGACCUACAGGUAAUCACCAGAGAAGAGACGAGCUGCUUGAAGUCUGGGGAAGAGGAAAAAACAAAAAGUUACUCUGCCCUAUGUUGGAUCAAAGAUGCCACCAGUCAGGAGAAGUUAGAUAAAUUGAAUAAGCUGAAGGACACAGUGUUAAAACAAAAGACCCCUGUUCGUGUUCUACAUAGGAGAUCCCUGGCCACUAGAGAUAGAACUGUUCAUUCUAUGUCUGCAGAUUAUAUGGAUGAACAUCAUUUUACCUUACAUUUAGAAACAGAGGCAGGGACAUACAUUAAAGAGUUUGUUCACAGUGACUUUGGCAGGACUACCCCUAGCCUUGGGACAAUUUUGGGGAGUGAAUGUGACAUCUUGACACUGGAUGUGCAGGCUGUCAAUCUUGAUUGGCCAAAGGAGAUUCCAACAGUGAAACAAGGUGACGAGAUUCCCAAUUUACAGCAUAAGGACUCUGAUGUGCCAGCUAUAGCAGAGGAGAAUGAUUCUCAAUCUAUUAUAGAAACUACCAAUGAGGACACUUGAUAGUUCA